GAAACUAUACAUGUAUAUGGAAAGUAAUGAUAGUUUAAUACCGCACAAAAUAAGAAACAAAAGCAACUCGUAUGAUAUGUGACCUGAAUUUCUCCCUUGAGUAUUUUCUCGAAAGGAGGAAGAUCUCUUCAUUUGGGUGAAAGUUUUCAAUUAAAACGCUACAAGAUAGUUGUUCAGUCCGGCGAGGUAUACGGUCGGGUGGAAAGCCCAGCUCCCAAAGAUAUAAUACACUAAAUCCGAUAAAGUAAAGUGGCAGAUAAGGAAACGGUGGUAUUUAAGCGGCAGUUAAUGAAACGCACAUCGUAUUUGUUCUUGUAUUCCUCGGCUAUUUGUUAGAAUGGCCCCAAAGGACUUUAUCCAGGCCAACGGAGCCUCGACAUUCCCGUACGAUAUUAAAGAUGUUGAGCCGGAAACCAACAGCCAGUUACUCUCCGAUUUCUCAGGUGAGAGGACGGGCUUCGUGCAAGUGGGACCAAAGAAGUAUUUCUUCCCAAUAAAAUACCGAUCCGAUGCGGAGAACAUUUACAACUUCGAGGUGAGACCGGACGACGUUUGGAUCGUCACCUUCCCAAGAUCAGGCACAACAUGGACCCAGGAGAUGGUUUGGCUAAUUGCAAACGAUUUGGAUUACAAACGAGCUGCGGAAACGUCCCUGCUGAUGAGGUUUCCGUUCUUGGAGUAUAGUUUAUUUGUGCACAAGGAUAUCAAGGAUGAGUUGUUGGCUGAGAAUGAGCAUGAUAUUGAAAAGACUAAAAUUGUUGAAGGCAUGGAUGCGCCCAUGUGGGUUGAGUUAACGAAAAGUAAGGAGAGACGAUUCAUCAAAACGCACAUGCCUUUCAGUCUUUUACCGCCGAAUUUGUUAACCUCCGGAUGCAAGGUGGUUUAUGUAGCCAGAAACCCUAAGGACGUUUCCAUAUCGUUCUUCCAUUUAAACAGAUUGAUGAAGACGCAAGGAUACUCGAACGACUUCCAAAGGCAUUGGGAGUAUUUCGAAAAAAAUCUAAUCGAUUGGUCUCCGUAUUGGGAACACUUCAAAGAGGCUUGGGCCAUCAGGAAUCACAAGAACCUCCUCUUCCUCUUUUACGAAGACAUGAAAAUGGACAUCUGCGAUGCCAUUAAGAAGGUAUCUAAUUUCCUGGGGAAAUCUGUGAACGCGGAAGAGAUGAGCAAACUGCAGGAUCAUUUGGAUAUCAAGAACUUCCGUAACAACGCUUCAGUAAACUUCGAUUUGUUAACGAACAUCGGCGUUUCCGUGAAAGGAGAGCAGGCGUUUAUCAGACAAGGAAAGAGCGGAAGCUGGAAGGAAAAGUUCGACAACGAGUUGAACGCUCGGGCUGAUGCGUGGAUUCUCAAGAACAUCGAGGGAACCGACAUCAAGUUUCCAUCGAUCAAUUAAUUUAAAACUAUAGUAAUAAUAAUUUAAAAGAGUUAAAAAAAAAAGAAAAACAACAAAAUGUAUUGAUGCAAAAAGAAAAUAAUAUUUCAAAUAUAUGGCAUUUAGUCUAUAAUUCUCUAGCUGCAUAAUUAUAAAAUAUAAAUAUAUUUUGUACUAUAAAUAUAAAAUUUCUCUGGAUCCUAAUAUUCAUAUCUUUUCGCUAAUUGUUUUUUUUUCUCUCGGUAAGAAACACACGUAAAAUUUAAUUAAUUUUUUCAACAGAGACCUUCGCAAAAAGGCAAGUUUAAAGCACAUCCGUUCUCCUCCAUUAAAGCUAAAACUCGUGUCCACUUGAAAAUCAAAUGUAAACUCAAAACUAAACCGUAAUGCAAACGAUCUUUGCAGGAAGACUAAAAUAUUGCAACAGAAACAAAACAAAAAUCAUCACACGACAUAAAUAUCUUCACAUAUAUAUAAAUUAUUUUUUUAUUCUUUUUUCCUUGAGCAAACGAAAACCCGAAUAUAAUUCUACACUCACUGCAAAAUAUCCUUUUUUAAAGUAAAUUUUCUUUUU